AUGCCACGCUUACAGUCGUUACAUUGCGAUGUUCAUUUGGAUCGAGUAUUGAACAAGUUAUGGGAGUUAGAGGAAGCUCCGCAAAAAACGUAUCUUACGCAUGAGGAGCGUUACUGCGAAGACCAUUUUGAAACAACGCAUCGAAGGGAACCUAACGGACGGUUUGUCGUCGAAUUGCCGCUGAAGCCCGAUGUAGCUCUGGGAGAGUCGCGAAACUUUGCUAUACGGAAUUUGUUACGACUUGAAAGAAGACUCGCUUGUGACUCCGAUCUUCGUUUACGCUACAAUGAAUUCGUGAAUGAACUCAUUGACAUGAAACAUAUGCAGGUCACGUCAGAGACUAUGAAUCCAACGUAUUAUAUGCCUCAUCGUCCUGUUUUAAAGGAAAGUAGUACCACGACCAAAUUGAGGGUUGUAUUUAACGCGUCCGCAAAAUCGACUUCCGGAAAUUCGCUGAAUGACGCAUUAUUUAUAGGACCUCAAUUGCAGGAAGAUUUAUACUCCAUCUUAGUUCGCUUUAGAACACACCGCUAUGCUGUAACAGGAGAUGUCGCUAAAAUGUAUCGUCAAAUCUGCGUAUCCUUAAAACACGCCGAUUUGCAACGCAUCGUAUGGCGUAGCCACCCAUCCCUGCCUAUCCAAAAUUUUCGCAUGGUUCGCGUAACGUACGGAGUGGCAGCUGCGUCUCAUCUAGCUGUCCGAUCACUUCAACAGACGGCAAGAGAUUCGUCGAAUGGUUGUGCUAGGGCUGUUAGUGUUAUUCUUAAGGAUUUUUACAUGGAUGAUCUACUUACUGGUGCAUCUAGUAAAGGAAAACUUCGAUUAUUGCAGCAAAAUAUUUCCGAAAUAUUGAGGGAAGGGGGCAUUGAACUUCGUAAGUGGGCAUCGAACUGCGCUGAACUAAUCGCAAGCAUUUCUAAUGCAUCUACGAACAUAUCACAUUAUAUUGUCGACGAUAAGGAUGUUCACGCUUUAGGUCUUAUCUGGAACACAGAAGGAGACUAUCUCACGUUUGCUAUUAACUUGAGGGAACCGCCAGUUAAGUUGACCAAGCGCAUGUUUCUAUCAGAUGCAAACAUAUGGCGCACUAAGGUAGGUUGGGAUGAUAUCAUUCCUGAGUCUAUCGCAACGAAGUGGUUGGAGCAUCGCAUAGAACUCAAGCAAUUGGCACAUUUGAAGGUGAACCGUUGGUUUGGUACUGAAGUAGCUGGGUCAUUUACGCAAUUGCACGUAUUCGCAAACGCGUCCGAGCGCGCUUACGCCGCCGUUUUGUAUGCACGAACAACACAAAGCGACGGUAGCAUUAUUGUGUCAUUAAUUUCGUCGAAAACCAAGGUAGCUCCGCUUAAGCCGACAACGUUGCCACGUCUUGAAUUAUGCGCCGCUCAUCUUGCUGCUAAGCUAGUGCGAAGCGUGCUGCACUGCUGGUCUGAUCUCCGUUAUCCGCUUUUCGCUUGGACUGACUCUACUAUAACAUUGGCAUGGUUACAAGCUCACCCCAGCAGAUGGGUGACAUUUAUAGCCAACCGCGUCGCUGAUAUUCAAGAAGUUUUGCCUCCCGAAUGUUGGAACCUCGUUCGUUCUGAAUAG